UCUAAUUGUUUAUAUAAUGGUUCCUAUUAUCAUUGUAACAUGAGAUGUUUGUACAGUGUAAGUGGAUUUUAAUAUAUAACAUAAUUAUUAUAUUGUUUUUAUGUUCCAAUACAACAUGUACAACAAAUGCAAAGAAUGUAAUGAGAUUUGCUGGCAUUGUGGAAAAUAUCACAGUGUACGCUUUAAAAGAUGAGAAUUAUCUUGAAAAUGACAAGUCAUUAAAAUUAAACAUAUCUUGGAUACCACCGAACAAAGGGAAACAACCUUCUUCAUACAGUAUUAUAAUUACAUGCAUUCCAAGCGAAACCAAUAUAGAUAAGACAGAAUGUAUAGAAAGUUCUGCAUUCUAUAAUGUGCAAAAUAAAAGUCCAUUUAGCUUAUUAGUACCGCAAAAUAAAUUAUUGAAUGAUAUGUCGGAGAUACAAAUACGUCCGAAUUGUACAUACAAGAUACAAGUGUAUGCCAAUCCAAGAGCUAAACCUGUAGGAAAAUUGCCAGAGGUCAUCUAUACAGUUCCAAAAUGUAUAAACCAUAGAUGCAGUUGUGUGGAUGCAAAAGUGACCUUGCCUAUUCCAAAAGUAGAAGUAAUUCAAAUGAAAAAAAAUAUCGUUAUAAAUUGGAAUAUUACAUCAAAUAGCUCUCCCAUUCAUUCUUAUGUUAUUAGUAUUGGCAUACCACUAUCAACAUCAAAAGCAGGGCAUUCUAUAUAUAAUAUUACGAAAAUAAGUAAUGCAACCUUUACAAAGAAUACAUUUAAUUGGGAUUUGAAGAUUGACAAUCAGUAUGUAAAAAUGAAAAAUGGAUACAAAAUAUUUGUGGAAGCAUUAGAUUACCAAGGUUGUUCGGGAUCUCAAGGCAGUUUUAUUAUUACUAAUAUAGAUGAAAUUGAGACAUUAGGUGGCAGUAUCGUUUGGUUGUUACUUGUUGGUAUUACUAUUUGUAUUAUAUUAGGAUUCAUCAGUGUUGUAUCGAUACAUAAUAAAACUGGAUAUCAAUUCAUAUGGCCAUUUAGACAGGGACAAACUAUGCCCGGAUUUACUGCUCAUAAAUUGACUCAAUGGCCCAAUUUAGAUUCCCAGUGUAAUAGUGGUACAUAUAUUGCACAAAGUUCAGAGGAAAAUUGUUGCAAAAUACAAGAUAAUGAAUUUGAAAUACCAUACAAAUGUAUAAAUCUUAUAUGUGAAUUAGGAAAGGGACAGUUUGGCAGAGUAUAUUUGGGCAGUUUAAAUAAUAAUGAAGAUACAUUAGUAGCUGUUAAAAUGUUGCAAUAUUCUGAUACAUCUAAUGAAUCUGAAGCUAGAUGUCAAUUAUUGGAAGAAAUUAAAAUAAUGAAAGCAGCUGGUUCUCAUCCACAUUUAGUGAGCCUUAUAGGUUGCUGCACCUUACCAGAUAAUCCUACAUGCAUACUUUUAGAGUACAUGGAAGGUGGAGAUUUGCUCGCAUAUCUGCAUUCUAGAAGAGUCGAAUUGGAUGAUUUAUCUUGGUACUGUUUCGAAAAGACUGUACCUGGAUAUGUAAAUAUUAUUGGAAAAAACAAAAAGGAUGAAGAUUUAUAUGGUGAAAUCAACAGACAACAAUUUAUAAAAUUUGCACUUGAUAUUGCAAGAGGAAUGGAACAUUUAGAAAGUAAAGGAAUCACACAUAGGGAUUUGGCAGCAAGAAAUAUCCUGCUCACUUCAAAUCUAACACUUAAGGUUUCUGAUUUUGGCUUAUCUCGAAAUGGAAUUUAUGUGAUAAAUCAUAUGGCAGGAAAAGUUCGUCAACUGCCAAUACGUUGGAUGUCACCAGAGGCUAUACGUGAUCGUGCUUUUUCUUCCAAAAGUGAUGUCUGGUCAUUCAGUGUUGUUCUUUGGGAGAUUGGAACUCUAGGUUCUUUCCCGUAUGCUAAUGUACAAAACGAUGAUUUGCUGCUUUAUUUAACUCAAGAUAAAUGUCGUCUAGCCUGUCCUAAUACCAUUUCUCCUGAUAUAUAUAAAAUUAUGUGUUCCUGUUGGAACACAGUGCCACAUAAUAGACCCAGUUUUGCGCAACUUGUUUUAGAUUUAGAGACGCUCAAAGAACCUCUACAUUUCAUGAAUGAAACAAGUAAUCCUUGUUACACAUUAUUAUCACACUAAUAUAUCUUUGAAUUUGAAUACAUAUGUGUACAUAUAUAUAAAUAAAAGAUGUGACUUGAGGUGUAA